AUGAAUGCAAAUCCAAACCAAAGACCAAUUGUCGAUGAAUUAAAUGGAAUAUUGCAUUUUUGGCAUCAAUCUAUUAAUAAUUAUGAGAAGUAUAAAGAUAUCAAAGAAUUUGAAUAUUAUGGAAAAGAAAUAAAGGAAGCAUUUGAAGAAGCUGAUAAAGAAAUACCAAAUAUAUCAAUUUCACGUAAAAUAAAUCCUGAUGCUAUUUAUACAAAAAUUCCUAGCUCAUCACAAUUAAGAGGUAAUAUCGAUAUUUAUGAUUGA